GGCCUUAGCUUCAGUGCUCUGGGAACCUCUAGGCUGGAGUAGACUAGGCCUAGGAUUGUAUCUGAUCAUGUGCAGAGGGCAGCAGAUCAGAAAACAGGACCCUUGUGUUUCCUGAGGUCAGAACAAACUGCCAAAGGUAUCACUCUGUCCAACCCACCCUACCCUUCUCCUUGCUAAUUGGCUUAAUUCUGGGAAAGUAUCCAUAGGUGGCAGGGUUUUACAUAGUGGGGCCCUCCACAAAACCUGGGUACUGUGUCUUUCCCUACUUCAAUUUUCUCCAGCCAGGAUCACCAGAUGGUAGAUGGUGCUUCCUAGACCCGAGGGAAAAGGAGGUGGGCUCCAAUUUGGUAAAAAGUUUUUCUUUUUUGAUGAAGGCUCACCCUAACCCAUAUGUAGGCUUUUUUAGAGCUGCCUGAGGAGACAAGGACAGGAAGAUAUCACAGUGACCCCUGCUAAGUGCUCUCCUCCCCAUAAACAGAGCCCAGCUUACCUUUUUCUCUGAGGAACAGCUGCAUUUAGGCAGAUACUUCCCUCCUGCCAGCCCUCCCCAUCCAGUGCUUUAUCUAUCAGGUUGGGCAGACUGAGUCCUGAUGGGUGAGUUGGUAGGUGAGCAAAGACACAGGCCAAACAAAGAGGGGCCAGGACCCUCUCUUCUCACUAGUCUGAGACAGUGGCAGCUCUUGAGUAGGAUGGAUGUUUUAGGUCACAAUGUUCUGUCAGUAGACAGGCCUUCCUAUCAACUUUGGAAUGGGACUAGGGGGCAAGUUCCUCCAACGGCUGUUAACGAGGGAGGCUGUACUGGCUAGCGGAUUGCUGGGUAACCUAAAAGUGACUCCAUCUCCCUGCUCCCUGAAGGCCUUACCCCUGUACACUGACACUUGUCACCUAGCCUGCCCCAGAGAUGGAGAGGUUGUCCUCAUACACCCAGUCUCACAUUUGUGGGCUUUGGUUUUGGUCCUGUGCUGCCCUGACCUCUUCUCCAGUCCUGAUGUAUAGGACUUAUACAGGAAGUGGCCCCACACCAGCCUGCCUUUUAACAGAUUGCAGGGUGAAUGAGGGCAUUGCCUGCCUGGCCUGGUACUCCCUUCCUGGGGUUUGGCUCCUGCCCUGGGGCAGACAGUGCAAAUCAUAGGCUAUGACAACUGGAGCCUAGCUCUGCUGAACCUAUUUUAGACCUCUGAGCCCCCUUCCUCCCCCUUGGCUCCCCCUAGGGCCAAGCCAGUGCUUUAUACUGAGAUUGCUGGUUUUUAAGAAAAGAGUAGGGGCAAGAGGGUGUGGAGCAGUCCCCAGGGAAGGGGUAGGAGUGACAUCAUAAUCUGGCACCCUCUUUCUCACCCAUCAUCCAUUAAUCUCGGGGCCUGCCCUGGCAGCCACAGCCCCCAACCACAACAUCCUUUGGGUUUGGCCUAUAGGGCCAAGACACAUGACCCCCAAUUAGCCCUGGCAGUGUCCCCUGCCCUGCCUGCACCACGGGGGCACAGCCCAGUGGGUAUAUAAAGUGCUGGUAGCUGCAAGGGGCAGUCAGCUGAAUCCUGAGCACUAACGUUGCCGAAGUGCUGACAGACACCAUGAGAACUCUCACUCUCCUCACCCUGCUGAUCUUGGCUGCAUUCUGUCUCACUGGCUGGGCAGAUGGGAAGCCCAGUGGUGCAGAGUCUGGCAAAGGUACAGCCUUCAAAUCCAAGAAGGAAGGCAGCGAGCUGAUGAAGAGACCCCGACGCUACGUGGACCAGGGGCAGGGAGCCGCAGCCCCCUACCCAGAUCCCCUGGAGCCCAAGAGGGAGGUAUGUGAAUUGAACCCCAACUGCGAUGAACUGGCUGACCAAAUCGGCUUCCAAGAUGCCUAUCAACGCUUCUAUGGCCCGGUCUAGGGCAUGGACUGUAGGUGGUUAGUGCAGCCUGGCUCCUCUCUGGGACCCUUCCCUCCUCAUUCCCAGUCUGCCCUGCACGUGUGAACAUCCCAGCUGCUUCAAAAUAAAGUCCAGAGGGUCUGA